AUGUUCUCCAGAUCAGCUUUCAGGGCGGUGCAGCCCCUCAAACAGCAAGCACGCCGCUACGCCACAGAGCCCUCGACCGGUGGUUCCAACACCGCCCUCUACGCUGUUGGUGCCGUCGGCGUCGCUGCCGCAGGCUACUACUUCCUUGGUGGUGCGCCCGCCGCCAAGAAGGCCGAGGCCAAGAUCAAGGACGCUGCCGCCGACCUGACGAAUGCCACGACGAAGAAGGCUCUCAACGGCGUUGACCAAGGCUUCGUUUCGCUCGCUCUCGAGAAUGUCGAGAUCGUGAACCACAACACUAAGCGUUUCCGCUUCAAGCUGCCCGAGGAUGAUCAGGUCUCCGGCCUGUCCGUCGCCAGCGCUGUCCUGACCAAGUACAAGGGUCCCGAGAUGGAGAAGGCUGUGUUGCGCCCCUACACUCCCGUCAGCGACGAGGACGCCAAGGGCUACCUCGACCUCCUCGUCAAGAAGUACCCCGACGGCCCCAUGUCCACGCACAUGCACGACAUGACGCCUGGCCAGCGCCUCGACUUCAAGGGUCCGCUGCCCAAGUACGCCUGGACCGCCAACAAGCACGAGCACAUUGCCCUCAUAGCCGGCGGCACGGGCAUCACCCCCAUGUACCAGCUCGCCCGCGCCAUCUUCAACAACCCGGCCGACAAGACCAAGGUCACGCUCGUCUUCGGCAACGUGACCGAGGAGGACAUUCUGCUGCGCAAGGAGUUUGCCGAGCUCGAGAACACGUACCCCCAGCGCUUCCGCGCCUUUUACGUCCUCGACAAGCCCACGGGCGAGUGGUCUGGCGGCAAGGGCUUCAUCGACAAGAACCUCCUCAAGACGGUCCUUCCCGAGCCUUCGUCUGGUGACGUCAAGGUCUUCGUCUGCGGCCCGCCCGGCUUGAUGAACGCCGUCUCCGGCAACAAGAAGAGCCCUAAGGACCAGGGCGAGCUUGUUGGCAUCCUGAAGGAGCUCGGCUACUCGCCUGACCAGGUCUACAAGUUCUAA